GCCACCCCCUUCCCGGUGCUCCCCUCCUUCCACUCUCCCUCCCUCCCGGCUUCGAUCCCUCCCUCCCUCUCGACUCCGUCGCUCCCGCGGCGCGAGGCGCUCUAGCUCUCCUCUCCACCCCUCCCCCCGCGCCGCCGCCGCCGCCGCCGCGAGACCCCCGUGUGCCCCUCCCCCGCCAACCCCGCGCGCCCUCAGGCCCGGCGGCCCCCGAGGAGAACGAGAGGGCGAGCGAGCGCGGUGCUCCCGGCGGGCCCGGCCCCCUCUCCUUACCAUCGCCGGCCCUCCGCCGCCUACCUCGGCUUCCAUCUCUUCUCCCUACCCAAGUAGAGGCCCCCUCCGGGGGGAGGCCCCGGGCCGGGAGCGAAUUCCCCGAACUCCCUCAGCCCCUCCCCCGCCCGCCCCGAGUGUGAGAAGGGCCCAGCCCGGGCCAAGUCGCGUGUGAGGAGGACCCGGGCGGGCCCACGGGCCGUCUGGGGCCUGGUUCGGCCCGCCGCGGGAGUGAAGGCAGGGGCCCAGGGCGGCCCGGCGCGAGCGGAGCGGAGCAAGGGGCCUGGUCCGGCCCGGCCGGUGCGCGAGGACUGGGGCCCCGGCCCGGCUCGGCCGCUGCCGCCGCGAUGGCCCAGCAGCAGAUGACCAGCUCACAGAAGGCCCUGAUGCUGGAGCUGAAAUCCCUUCAGGAGGAGCCGGUGGAGGGCUUCCGGAUCACCCUGGUGGAUGAGUCCGACCUCUACAACUGGGAGGUGGCCAUCUUCGGACCCCCCAAUACCCUCUACGAAGGCGGCUACUUCAAGGCACAUAUUAAAUUUCCUAUUGACUACCCAUAUUCACCACCUACCUUCAGAUUCUUGACCAAAAUGUGGCACCCCAACAUUUAUGAGAAUGGAGAUGUGUGCAUUUCGAUUCUUCAUCCACCUGUAGAUGACCCACAGAGUGGAGAACUGCCUUCAGAAAGGUGGAAUCCUACUCAGAAUGUGAGGACUAUCCUGUUAAGUGUAAUCUCACUGCUUAAUGAGCCUAACACCUUCUCCCCAGCCAAUGUGGAUGCUUCAGUUAUGUUCAGGAAAUGGAGGGAUAGCAAAGGAAAAGACAAAGAAUAUGCUGAAAUCAUUAGGAAACAGGUUUCAGCCACUAAAGCCGAAGCAGAAAAGGAUGGAGUGAAGGUCCCCACAACUCUGGCGGAAUAUUGCAUCAAAACUAAAGUGCCUUCCAAUGACAACAGCUCAGAUUUGCUUUAUGACGACUUGUAUGAUGACGACAUUGAUGAUGAAGAUGAAGAGGAGGAAGAUGCCGACUGUUAUGAUGAUGAUGAUUCUGGGAAUGAGGAGUCGUGACGCGCUCCUUCAGUGCCCCUGUACUGCCCUGCCGUCUCAGGCCAAAGGGAGGGGAGCAAGUGGGGACCUAGCAGUGGCCCCUCAGCAAAAACCUAUUCAACAGGGGGUGGGGAAACAAACACAGCUCCUGCUGACUCCCCUUAUGGAUCUCAGUUUGCUCCUUUUUAUGGACCUUUAAUGGAGAGAAAGUAACCCUCUACAGAAUGUCUGAAUUCUUGCAUUCUUUACCCUUCCAUCACUGUAUUGAUUCUUUUUUUAAAAAAGACCCCAAGCUCCAGCCUCACUUCAUCUUUACAAAAUGUUCACAGCAAAACACGUUUGGUCUGUUUUUAGAUUCCUGAAGAAUUAAAUAGUCUUUUUAAGACAUUUAAUGUGUUUUAAAGCUGGGAACCCAUUGGGAGUUCACAAGUGCUGCAUAUACUGGGUAGCAAAAGAAAAUGGAAACAAAAUAACCCACAAACUUAAAAAAAAAACAGAUUUGCCAUGGUUUAGCUGCUCAUUUACAUUAGUGUGUGCACAUCUGUUCAGCCCUUGGUGGUGAAUUUUGUUUCUUUCCCUUCAAGGCUGGGAUACAGUGGGCAUCAGGGACUUUCUUCUUGCUAAGCCUGAUGAAAUGUAUUCCUUUAGCCUCUACGAAUUCUAACAUGGAGGUCUCAGCUGCUUUGAGGAGAGAAAUCAGAUUUUGAUUUUUUUGUUUUAUUUUUUUUAAUUGAUUGGGAUUUAAACUCUGAAAUAAAUAUUCAUACUUUCCAUAGAACAACUGAGCACUUGGUUGCUAUUUAUUUUAAAGGCAAGUUUUUUCCUCCCACCAGGAGGUGGGGCAAAUGGGGAGGAAGCAGAAACUAGUGUGUGUGGAUUUUUAGUAGUGAGAACAAACAAGUCACACCAGCUUUGAUUGAUACUGCUGAGGGAAAAAAAGUCAGAACUACUGGUGGCCACUGUUGGGAGAGGAAACAUCUGUUUUAACAUGGCCCUCCCCUCAAAGAUAUUCCCUUAACAUGCGAUUUUGUUUUGUUUUUUAAUUUAAAUAGCCACUUUUAAUUACUCAGUAUUAAUCCUAGGUGCAUGUGUUAAGAUUUUUUUCAAUGAGCUGCUUAUACAGAUAGUGAUAAAUGUGGAUGUGUGAGAGACUUGAGUGACUGGUUCCUGCUUGCUUCAUUGGAUGUGAGCUGGACUUUUUUUCCUUUCAGUGUAUUUAGAGUGCAAGCAGAAAUUGUACAUGAACCUUCCCUGGGCCUGUCUCUUGUGGCAGAGCCAAGGAUAUUGAUUACAGGCAGUUUUCAGGCCAGGCUAGAUCUUCUGGCCAUGCAUUUGCUGCAGGUUUGAUUCCCAGGUCUCAGUCAUGUGUUCUCUCCAUCAAGACUGAGAUCCAGCAGCCUUUACCAUACAGGGACUACAGAAUUUGAAGGUGAUUUUUUUUUUGUUAAUGGGAUGCACAAGUUUAUAGUGUUCUUUGAGCAGGAAAAACUUCUAUAAUAUAAAAUCAGAUUUCAGAAGGAAAAUACAGCAAGGACUGACUACAGUCCUACUUAAGAUCCCUGUACACCAGUGUCAUCAUCUUCAAAUCAUAGCUCAGAAAGAACCAAAGGGCAGAUUAGGGACAGGUAGGACAGAUCCUAGGAUGGUCAGAGUAGGUGAUGUUUAACUUCCUUAGCUCCUCCUUCCUUUCUGAUCUCAGGGUUUUCAUUUGCUCUUCAAACUCUCCCAAAUUUAAGCUAUUUCCCAGCAGCCAACUCUGGCCUCUAAAGUUUGGUCUGUUAUUAAAUGGGAAUGUUUAACAUGUUAAGGUUCUUAUGGGACACUGUUGAGCCUGGUCCCAGAAUCUCUGUAAUCUCCACAGGGUUAGGGCUGCUGUUACACGAUUCCACAGGUUCGGGAAACAGCAGCUCUGUGUGAAGAUAAACUCUUAAAUUAGAAGUUUGAAAUGAGCUGUUUGCUCCCCACACUUAAGUAAUGCUUUCACAUGACCUGCAAACCUUCUGGAGCCAAAGCCUUUCACAAUGCUGAUUUACCUCCCCACUCCAGCCCCCCCAACCACAAGUUUACAGCCAAUAGCUUGGUCUUAUUGUCUUGGCGCCCUAAAAUGAAGCCUUUCAUUCUUUCUGCUAAAGCAUCUCGCUCACUCCCAGGGCAGGCCAGGCACCUUGGCAUUGUGGGAGGUGCUGUGCUGUUCAGCUCUGUCCCAUUAGGCCCUACUGGCCUCUGUUGCAUGUUGACUCAGGGAGCCAGAGAGCCAAGUGAAGGUCGUACUUCUCAGCCCUUCAUCAGAAGCUGGGUUUGCCUCUGAUGAAAGUACAAUCAGUUCCAGGAGACUGGGAUAUUUUAACUGUGGCAGGUAUUCUGAUAGUUUAGCCUCACUUAUAAAACCCAGAUGCUGGUUCCAGGCUUCCGUCUCUGAGAAAAUAUCCUGUGGAAAAUACUUGAGUAAGGUUUGUUUUUGUUUUUUCCCUUUUGGGGGAGUGGAUGGAGGUCUCAGGCUCAUGCUGGAACCUUGUGAGUAUAGUUGUGAUUAUUUGGUGUGAAAUGAACUUAAAAUCCUGCAUUUUUCAAUUCCUCCAUUCUAGUUGAAGCCUCACUGAAUUGCUCUUCAGUUCCAUGUAUUCUGAGGCUGAAUGGAGAAAAUAUCAUGAUUCUGUUUUGCUUCUCUCAGAGUCUCCCUGCCCCCGGCCCCUUUUCUUAUCAUUCCAGAGUUUUCUUCUACUAGCCAAACUUUUUUGUAGUCUUUCUCCUGGCAAUUACUUGCUUCUUUACUUGCUGGUUUUCUUAUGUUUGGGGCAUAUAUAGUAAGAGAUUGAAAGGGGAAAAUGUAGUCUUUGCUGGAAAUUAAUUUUCAACCCUCCCCAUCCUGACAAAAAGGUUUACAUUUACAACUAAAGAUUCAGAUGCAAUUUUCAGCUAUUUUGAAACCAGCAGGACACACCUGACUUUAAUAGCUUUCUUAGCUUUAAUUGUAGAUGUUUUUCUUCAGUUUAACUUAUGAGAAAAAAUUACCUGAUGCAUUUUGUGUUGACAUCCCCUUUAGUGUUUUAUUUUGUCUUUUUCUGCCCAUCUGUCUACUAAUAAAAUGUGAAAUAAAACAUACCUGUAUUGCUAUUUGC